AUGGCAGCACAAGAAGAAAUAGAUCCUCAGGCAUUUUUCAAAGACCCGCGUUUCUCCCAAACAUUUCAUCUCCCAGCAGACUCUUCUGAUGAUCGCCCGGUUGCUAUCCAAGUCAAAUACGCAGACUACGGCUAUCGCAAUACGUCUAACCCCCAAGAAGAGAAUGUUCUACUCUUCUUCGCGCCACUCUGCGCAUCUCGCAUUAUCCAUUGUGCGAAAGAUGAGCUAGCCAAGAAACACCAUGUUCGUAUCGUGGUAAUGGACCGACCAGGUUUUGGUGGGACAGAUCCUGUCAAGUUGGAAAAGCGUGCCGUUAUAUGCCGAAAAAUGACACUGGCUCUCUUGAAGCAUCUUGGAAUUGAUAAAGUGUCUAUUGCAUGUCAUAGCGGAGGAACAGUAUAUGCUCUUGACAUGCUGCUCCACCACCCUGAGAUACUGCAUCCCGGCCGUUCAUACAUGGCCAUUGGAGCGCCGUGGAUCUUACCUUCUCGUUCGAAUAUCUGGUCCAUGUCGUUUGUCAAAGCAUUACCAGUGGGAAUGAUGGCUCAGGCAGACAAGGCAAUUGGGUUUUUUAACAAUACUCUUGGCCCAGCAUUCACCUCAUCUGUUGGCUUUAGUCAACUGUUCACAACACCAACUCCGGCCGGUCUUGAAGGGGAAUCCGAGUUCUCCAAGUUCGAGGAGUCGCUCGAGCCUUAUCUUUUCAAAAUCGUUCAUGCCGAGAGCAUUGAAGGGUUCUCAGACGAAUCACUGCUUCUAAUGCAAAAUAUAAACGGGAUGUCUGGAUUUGGCGAUUGGCUUGACUACGACGAUCUGGUCCCCAAGUUGGUGAGUGCGCUGAGAGAAUCUGGCCGACAGUUGACUAUCGAUGUUUUCUACGCCGAGACAGAUUCCAUGAUAGGUGCACCUGAGACGGCAGGGCCACAAUGGAUGAAUGCUUGCUGGAAGGGAGAACAUGUCGGUGACACCAUAAGUUACAGCACAAAGACUAUCAAGAAGGCUGAUCACAACACUAUAUGGAGCAUCCGGCGGGGCGUCCCGGAAGAGGUCUUUAAGAAGUUGAGUCAAUAG